AUGUCGUCUAUGGUUCUGGGUUAUUGGGAUAUUCGCGGGCUGGCGCAUGCGAUCCGCCUGCUUCUGGAGUUCACGGAUACAUCCUAUGAGGAGAAACGGUACAUUUGCGGGGAAGCUCCUGACUAUGAUCGAAGCCAAUGGCUAGAUGUGAAGUUCAAGCUAGACCUGGACUUUCCUAAUCUUCCCUAUCUCAUGGAUGGGAACAACAAGAUCACCCAGAGUAAUGCCAUCUUGCGCUACAUCGCUCGCAAGCACAACAUGUGUGGUGAUACCGAAGAAGAAAAGAUUCGAGUAGACAUCAUGGAGAACCAAAUAAUGGAUUUCCGCAUGCAACUGACUCGCCUCUGCUACAACUCUGAUCAUGAAAAAAUGAAGCCUCAGUACUUGGAACAGCUACCUGGACAACUGAAACUAUUCUCCUUGUUCCUGGGGAAAUACUCAUGGUUUGCAGGGGAAAAGCUUACCUUUGUGGAUUUUCUCACCUAUGAUGUCUUAGACCAGAACCGUAUGUUCGAGCCUAAGUGCCUGGAUGAGUUCCCAAAUCUCAAGGCUUUCAUGUGCCGCUUUGAGGCCUUGGAGAAAAUAGCUGCCUACUUGCAGUCUGACCGUUUCUUCAAGAUGCCCAUCAAUAACAAGAUGGCCAAGUGGGGCAACAAGUGUAUAUGCUGAGCAAGAGAAACAGCUUGUUUUGUUCCAUCCUAUACCUAGGGGCCUACACUCUUCUCUGCUCUUUCCAAUAAAUAGCUCUUGGGUUA